AUGACUUUCUCAAUCAAGGAGAUCACGGUGGGGAUGGUGGAGGGUCCCUCCCCGGAACCCGGGGAUCCGUCCUGUCCCUUCGGGGUAGUGUCCCUCCUGAUGUACACCCCUCCUCCAGUACCCUACCCCUUCGGGGUGAUGGGGGAGGGUGGUGACCCUCCCCCUCCUACACCUUCGGUUCCUCGGGAAGACUGUAGCAUAAGAGGGUGGUGGAGGGUCCCUCCCCGGGUUCCGGGGAGGCGGCCCAUCCUGUCCCUUCGGGGUUCCGUAGGGACUCUUAUAAUAUAUUAUAUCCUACAUGCACCUGCGGUACCCUCGGGAGCCCUCUACGAUAGAAUUGCCCCGUAG